CUUAUAUCGUACCGUAUCCUUACUAUGGUGAUUAUCCUGGUUCCAGGGUUCCGUGACCCGUUCCUUCUCAAUUCAUGCCUGUUUCGGAACAUAAUUCAAAAUCAACCUUUGUGUUUGUCCGCCCCGGAGGGCCGGAUAUUGAAAUCCGAGAUCCGAGAGGGUAAUAUAUUUUUUAAAGUUUUUCUUUUCUUUGCAAGCCAUGUGCUGUAUACUAGCGCUGGUAUGAAUAUUUGUGGACACCUUGACGUCCGGUUCGGCCGAAUGGGCAGUGGAUGA